AUGGAGCGUUCUUCUACUCUGUCCUCCGUCCCCCUGGUGGCGGCGACUGUGUUGGGCAUGUUUGUGCCUUACGUGUUUUCGGGGCUCGCUCAGAGGCGGCUCUACGACGCGCCCCUGUCUUCUUUCGCAGAGCGUGAGGCUUCUCUCUCGCCUCCACUCUCCGCGUCUCAUCCUUCGUCUGCGGCCUCUCCCGCGGUUGGUGCGUCUCUCCCUUCUCCCUCCGCGUCGGCUUCUGCAGCUUUCGCCCCUUCCGAGCUUGCGGCCGCCUCGCUGGCGUCUCGGGAGGCCGCUGGAGCCCACGAGCCGGUGGCGGCGGGGGGCGAGGCGUUUCGAUUCACGUUCACGAUGAUGGCGCUCAACUGCUUGACCGCGGCGGCAGUGGCGUUCGCAGCGUGUCUGCUUCUUCGGCUCCUGGCGCCGAACCGAGCGCGGGGGUUGCCCCAGGAGGCAGGCGAGCCGCGCCGCGUGCCUGAAGGCCGCAGCGAACCAGACGCCAGUGAGAAAAUCCGCAGGCACGAAACAGCGCCCGCGGGAGCGUGUGCUGAUUGGGGGACCCCCAGACACGAGGGCCGGCUGGACUGGGGGCGGCGGCGAGACCUGAGGACUCCAGCGCGACUUCUGCUCAGCCGGGCGGCCUGGUCUGCGGCCUUCCGCGACGUCUCCGCUGACCUCGCCCAGAAGUACUUGGUUGCCUUCUCGCCUUUCGCGGCUGGCAGCAAAAUAUGCGGCCGCUGGGCGUCGUGUUCUCCAGAUCCGCACUGGUGCGCGCGGCCGCAGGACAGCCUGCGAGUGGAGUCGGGCUCGCUCGCCUUGCGCCGAGCGAGUCUCCUAAUCCGAGGACGCGUGCGUCCGCUCAAGGGCUUGGGCUUUGCGUUUGCCUGGGGGAUUGGGAAGGCCCUAGCGGACCGACGCUUCGCCCCAUGGCGACGUGUCUCCUUCCUGCUCCCCCAGGCGUCUGCCCUUGGGUUUUCUGCGUCGCCUGCGCCCUCUCUCCUCUUCUCCACCGCGUGCAGAUCUCACUGGUUUCCGCGUCGGGGGGCGGACUCGCGAGACGCAUGGAGAGCAGACCCCCAGGGCGAGGGCGGCAUCGACUCCGCGUGCCUGUCGUCCACUCUCUGGCAGACGCCUCAGCGGCAGUCGAGGUCGCGUGCUGACGACGGUGAAAGCGAGCCUCUGCAGAGCGCUUUUCCUCUGGGGUCGCAGCCGACGGAGCUCGAGCCGGCAGACGGCUGCUGUCUCGCGCCUCAGAGCGGUCCGCGUCUCUCUUCUUGCUUCCACUCUUCUUCGCCUGGGUUUAAGGCGCGCAGAACUGCCCCCAACGAGGGCACAGAUGCGCAGGUCUGGGAGAAGAUUCGCCGCGAGCUCUUCUGGAUCUCGCUCUGCACCUUUGCGGCCAAAGCAGCGGGUUUCCACUCUCUCACCGUCGUCGACUUCGCCACGGUAGCAGUGGCGAAAUGCGCUAAGCCGGUCGCUGUGUUGAUUUUGAGUGCGUGGCUCGGCCGCAAGGCUAGCCGCCGAGAGCUUCUAGGCGUUGUUUGGAUUUCCCUUUGGGUAUACGUUUUCAACGCCUCGAGUGCGGCGGGAAAGUCGAAGAAAGGCGAAGGAGCUGACGCGGCAGACGCCAGCCCAGAGGCGCUCUACGCCGCUGUGGGCUGGCGGCUUCUCGGCAACGGCCUUGUGCUUGGAACGCUACUUCUCGAUUCGUUCUCAAUAUCGAGGCAGGACCAUGUUCUUCUGCAGCAUCACCGGCUCUGUCCCUACGAGCUGAUGCUGGUCAGCAACGUGUACGGGCUCCUGUUUUCUCUCGCGUUUUGUCUGACCUUCGAGGGUUUCGCGGGUUUCCGCUUUUUCUUCGCUCCCACCUUCUCUGCGUGGGCAAGUCAGCUCGCGUCUUCUGCUCAGCUCACUCCGCGUCGAGGCGCCUUCGUCGCCUCUUCGCCUCCGCCUCCGGUCUUCUUGCAUCCGCCAUCCGGCGCUGUCUGGCCAGCGAGCCUCGUCGCUGUCCCGCCGUUCGCGGCGCCGCCACCUGACUCGAGCCCGUCCGCGUCCGCGCCGUCGGCGCACCUGUGGGGAGGCGAGGGCCCUGUCCUCUCGGCAGGUGUCUCCGCGGCUGCGGCUGGCUGGUGGGGCGGCGCGCAGGACGCCGGCGAAGGCGAGAGCGGCGAGGAGCUCGGCUUUGGGGCCUGGGCGCUUGCCUGUCUUUCGCUCGGGUCGCUCUCGCCGCUCGCGUGCGGGCUCAUCGCUGCGCUGGGAAGCGCCGUUUCGCAGCUCUGCGGGAGCAAAUGCCUGCAGCUCGCUGGCGCGGUCUGCUCGUCCGUUCUCACGACGCUUCGGCGCGUCGCCCUCGUGCUCGUCGCCGUUCUCCUUCAGAAAGAGACGCUCCCGGGGCUCGCCUUCCUCGCCGUCGCCAACAUCUGCCUGGCCGCGGUCCUCAGACUUGUCUCUUCACUCGGCCUUCGACAGGGAGGGCGCUGCGAUCUGGCUGGCGCUCCUGCAGGCUCUUGCUCCCCAGGAGCACGCCUGAGUGCGGCGUGUGCACCGGUUCCUCUUUCUUCGCCUUCGGAUGCUGCGGAGAUCAGUUUUCCUUCGCCGUCGUGGGCUGCAGGCGGCUCGCCUGCGCUGUCGGCGUUUUUGUGUCUUUCAGCUUCCUCUUCACCAUCACGUUGGGUACCUUCACCGUUCCCUUCAGCUGUGUUGAGCAGCCGCUGUGCCCACGCGCACGGGCCGCAGGAGGGGAGCGAGUCCAUCGAGGCUUUUUCUGUCUUCGUGGACGGGCUGGACGAAACGAGCCCACAGAGCGCCCGCGUCGGAUGGACACCGCUAAGUUCUCCAUUUGUUCGCGCCUGUUCCCCGUUUGUCCUCUCUUCUAGUGAGGCAACUUUGCCGCAGCGGAGCGACCGCCGGGCAGCAUCCACUCUGGAGACGCCGGCGGUCUGCAUGACGGUCUCGACAGCAGCCAGCAGCGACGACGAAGAGGAGGGGGGCGGUAGCGUUGAUGAAGCAGGGCGGAUGAAGCAGCGGGAGGAGACAGAAAAAGCAGCGAAAACGCAGGAAAGCUCGCAUGCAGAGGCGGACGUCGCAUGCGUCGCAGAGGCAAAGGCAGUGCGUGGCUGA